UGUGAAAAUGUCUGGACGUGGAAAAGGCACCGCUGGCAAAGCUCGGUCCAAGGCCAAAUCUCGGUCGUCUCGGGCUGGACUGCAGUUCCCGGUCGGCCGGGUUCACAGACUCCUAAGAAAGGGCAACUAUGCUGAGCGGGUGGGUGCCGGAGCCCCGGUCUAUCUGGCUGCUGUGCUCGAGUAUCUGACAGCCGAAAUCCUCGAAUUGGCCGGCAACGCGGCCCGGGACAAUAAGAAAACCCGCAUCAACCCCCGACACCUGCAGCUGGCCGUCCGCAACGACGAGGAGCUCAACAAGCUGCUGGGAGGGGUGACUAUCGCUCAGGGCGGUGUGUUACCCAAUAUCCAGGCUGUGCUGUUGCCCAAGAAAACCGGCGGUGCCAGUAAGUGAAGCGACGAGGCGCUGGGAAAUCCGGCGAUGUGUUCGGGCCCACAAACACAGUGAUACUCGUCUAAUCCGCC